GAUGCCUGAACCAGAGUGACUCACCUUUGUUCAUUUACGCGAACAAAUUCAUUUAAAUGUAGUCAGUUUCACCGAGAGUUCACAGUGGAAAGACGUUUUUCGGUGUUUCAAGUUAGCGUUUAUAUCAUUUGAUUUUGUUGAACAAGCUGGUUGCCAUUUCACAUCAAGCUCGAUAGUAUAGACGAGGUAGCAAAAAUGAAAUUUGACGAUAUUCUAAAAACUAUCGGAGAGUUUGGAAAGUACCAAAAAAUAUUGUACUUUUUAUUAUGUAUGUGUUCAGUGAGUGCUGCUCUGCAUAUGGUGAUUUCCGUAUUUCUGAUGGGAACUCCUACUCAUAGAUGUGCCAUACCGGGGUACCCUAACGAUACAUUCGCAAUCCAAAGUCCCUUCCAUAAGGCUUUGAUCAAACGACUCGUGCCGCCGUCUACGGACGAAACCCUCGAUUACGCCAAGUGUGACCUGUAUGAUCGGUCGUACGACGGUGAUGAUAACUCUACCGACCAAAAGGCCUGUACGAGUUGGGUUUACGACAAGAGCAUCUUCAUCAACACCUUCACGUCGGAGCAUGAUAUCGUGUGUGAAGACAAGUUGAAGACGUCUCACGCUCAGAUGAUAUUUUUCGGUGGUGUGUUGGUAGGGGCUAUAGGUUUGGGAUCUUUAUCAGACAUAAUUGGACGGAAGAAGACGCUUUACCUCUCCUUUCUGUUGUUAUUGGGAUCUACCUUAGGUGUAGCAUGGGCUCCGGAUUUCAUCACCUUCUGUAUCCUUCGGUUCCUCGUAGGAACGGCAUGUGCCGGGAUGUUCAUGACUGCCUUUGUCAUUGGGAUGGAGCUAGUUGGUCCCUCCAAGCGUGUGUGGGCCGGUAUUGUCAUCGAAUAUUUUUUCGCCUUGGGACUUGUCAUUCUCGGAGGGGUUGGAUAUGCAUUCAGAGAAUGGAAGUGGACCGAGAUCACAUGCUCAGCACCUGCCGCUCUUUUCCUUCUAUACUGGUGGUUUAUCCCUGAGUCACCGAGAUGGCUGAUCAGUCAGGGUAAAAUAGAGGAGGCCAACAAGAUCAUACAGAAGGCGGCCAAGGUUAACAAGGUGACGAUUCCAGAAAAGAUUCUGAAUGCUGACUCUAUAGAGGAACCGGAAACCGGUCGCCUAUGGCACCUGUUUACAUCCCGUGUCCUUCUCUUUCGAACACUCAUCAUAUUCUUUAACUGGGCGGUGGUCAGCAUGGUUUACUACGGACUUUCACUUAACACCGGGAACCUCGGAGGUGAUUUCUACGUCAACUUUCUGUUGUCUGGAUUGGUCGAGUUUCCCGCCUAUACACUAUGCCUUGUACUUCUUGACCGGGUAGGCAGACGAAUUCUUCAUGCUGCAUGCAUGAUACUUGGUGGCGUUGCUUGCAUUGUAACUCUUUUCCCCAUGAUUUACGCAGACGAAAGUCUCCAGCCAAUUACUGUCACUUUAGCCAUGUUGGGUAAGGUUGGAGCUGCCGCUGCUUUCGCUGUGAUAUAUGUGUGGUCAGCAGAGCUAUAUCCGACUGUUGUAAGGAACGCCGGAAUGGGCGCCAGCUCCUCGUGCGCUCGUAUAGGGGGCAUGAUUGCGCCGUACAUUGCCGACCUGAGUAAGGUAAUUGAGGGUAAUUUCGGACGAGCAGUUCCUCUGGUCGUCUUUGGUGCAGCGUCUGUUGUAGCUGGAAUAAUGUCACUAUGGUUACCGGAAACUAACAACAGAGACCUUCCCGAAACUCUUGAGGACGGCAGACGAUUUGGUACAAAAGAGUCGUCAAAGAAAUACGAACCAAAACUCGAGUUUGACAACAAGGCAUUUGAUUCGGAGGCUGGCAUUGCUAAUGGCUCCAAUGGAGGUUACAACGGCACCAAGCUAUAAAGAAUUGUCAGAACAUGUAAAACCACUAGUUGGUGAGAAAGUGUGAUUAGGACGUUCAAAAUUAGCAAGCAAAAGGUGAUUUUGUAUGUGUGGAAUUAGCAUAAUAAUGUUAUUUGCAUAAGAAAAUGGCUUAUAUAGCAGGAUUUAACAUAUGAUUGCUCUCCUGUUUACGGUCUGCUAUUUAAUGAGUUAACGCUUUAUGUUUGUAUGAUCCAGCUUACAUAGGUACAAAUUGAUUUAUCCCAACACAAUAGCAUAAUAGUAUGCUUGACAAUGAUAUUAUCGGUAGUUCUUAGAGUAAAGGCGGUCUGACAUACCAGAUUUAAAAAUGAUUCAAUGCUGUUAUGAAGGAAAUUACUACAGUACCUUUGAAAAUAUCUCGCGGUACUGAUAUUAAGUUUAACGAUUUUGAGCUUAUUUAUGACAGGACAUCACGUCACGUGAGUUAAGAUUAAGUUAUCGAAAAUUGUGUCUUAUCUGUAGUCAGAGGUUUUGGUGACAGAUCCUAUCUUAAGAGCGGUGUACAACUGACUAUAAAAAGGCGACAUAUCAAAUUUGAUAAUGUAAUUGUUGUAUCUAUGCUAUAUCGAACAACAUGUAUUUUAUCCUUCUAUACUGUGAUCUUUGCCAUAUUAUUUCACUUUUACAUUCUUAUAUUUUACAUAUGGAAUAUUGCAUUCGAUAUAUAUAUUUAUGAUGUAUAGUUUGAAUUCCUUUGACUAAUCCGUGCUUCCAUAUGUGAAGCAAAACAUUUAAUCGUAUACCAAUAUUUUUUUAUUUACAGAAAGAAAAGAAAAAAUAAACAUGUGGGUUAUUUUUUUA